AUGUACGAUCAAACUGAAGUGGAAUUCCUUGUUAAUUUAAUUAUUAGUACACAAAAAUCAGAAAAAUCAUUUUCUCCUUAUGAAUAUGACUAUCAUUCAUUAAAUACUACUUCACAAUUUCCUACAGCAUCCACAGCACUUUCAUCGCCUGUAUCAUCUUUAAAAUCAUUUUCAAAUUAUCGUCCCCGUCAAAAAAUUCUUAUUUGUGGAUUACCAGAUGAUAUAUCCCCUUGUUUAGACUAUGCAAUGAUAGCGAAACCUGGAAUGAUUGACUAUUCAUCUCUAAUUAUUGCCAGUACUGAUAUUGACGAAUUAAUUGUAAAUUAUUUUGGAAAAAUUAAAAUUCAUCUUGUCAAUUGGGAUGAAACAGACUACGAAGAGAUGUUAAUUGAACGUGUACGACCGAGAUCAGAUAAUUUUGUUAUUCCGUUGGUGAUUGAAUUUCAACCAACUAUUAGACGAAUGAAACGAAUUAGAGAACUAUUAGAAAAGAAUGGUACAUUAGUAAUACCAAGUGAGAAUCCUGAAUGGCGGAUACGAUAUACAAAUUUAAUGAAUAGUUUUACAGAAAACAAUGGAACACUCAUUAAAUUAGCUGAAAAUGUCUUCGACGCUGGAUUUACACGUCAAAUUGAUCAUUUACUUGGGAGAAGACAUAUGCAUUCACGUAUCUAUUUCGGCUAUGAAAAACCAAUUGAAUCACCACAGAAAUUUAUUGACUAAACGGAAACGAAACACUAUAUAUAUAAAAAUUCCAUUACAGCUCCCGAUGAAUAUAUCAAUGGCAUACUAAUCCUUAUCCAAUAAGAUAUAAACAACUUUAUUCUCAUAUGCCUGUUCGCCUUUCACAAUCUAUUCUCAUUUUUUUGUAUAAUCGACCACAUCUUUACUGUAUCUUGCUCAUUCUUAAUUGUUAUUGUGUAUAAAAUUAAUCUAACUACAAAAGAAUAACACUCAAUUUACUUUAUUUGC